AUGGAUUCAGAUACUGUGCACAGCCCUGUAUUUCUGGUGUUUCCUCCAGAGGUCACUGGUCCAGAAUAUCAGUCAACAGAACUUCUAGCCACAGCCUAUGAUACCCAAAGCAAACUGCAGAAAUUCAUUAUUAAAAAGUUGAAGAUCUUAGGGACUACCCAGAUCCUGUUUGGAAUUAUGAACUUUUCUUUUGGAGUUGUUUUCCUUUUUACCUUGGUAAACCCAUAUCCCAGGUUUCCUUUUAUAUUCAUUUCAGGAUAUCCAUUUUGGGGCUCUGCUUUGUUCAUUAAUUCUGGAGCCUUUCUAAUUGCAUUGGGAAGAAAAAAUACAGACACUCUGAUGAAGAUGAGUCAAGCAAUGAACUUACUUAGUGCCCUGGGAGCAACAGCUGGGAUCAUUCUUCUCAUAUUUGGCUUCCUUCUAGAUGAAGAAUUUAUCUGUGGCUAUUCUCCGGAAGGUAUUCCAUGUGGUGGUAUUACUGUUUUGUUCAUUGGGAUUUUGAUUAUGUUGAUGAUCUUCAGCAUUGCUGAACUAUUCAUUUCUCUGUUUUCCUCAAUUCUGGGGUGUCCCUCGGAAGAAUGUGAGGACUGCUGUUAA